AUGAGCGGUUUCAUCUCUGCACUGGAUUCUAUUGACUCGAUAGUUAGAACGGAGCACUCUAAUGGGAUCAUCUUUCGAGCUCUAGGGCCCCAGGAGACGCGCAGGCGGAUUGGCACGCUUGCCGCCAGCUACAACGGAUAUGAGCUGACAGCACCCCUCGCGCCCGGGAGGUUUAGGGAUCGCGUACAGUUCUCGUACCGCGAAGGCGAUCGCCGUCCUGAGCUUCCCGACAUUCCUAAUGCCAUCGCCUUCUUCUGCAUUCCAGAAGCCAUUCCUUUCACGCGCACAUAUCCGUCUGCGAGCGGGCGUCGCUGGUUCAUACCCGAUAUCGAGGUGGACGACUUAUAUCACGAUCACAUAGUCCCCCUGCGCCCCUUCGAGCCGUACUCAGAGAACUCUGGACGAGCGGCGUCAGUUCUCGAGGGCAAAGUCGAUCCUGUUCCAUUGUGGGUCGUUGGAAGCCAAGGUUUAGGCGUUCCCGUCAAAGGAGAUGUCGCUCAUGUACAACAUGGCAAUGAACUGGUAGUGAAGCGCGACGGGAAGUGCAGAACCUCGGUGAAGGUUUACUUCCAGUGGGAGGGCUACGAGCCCUACACAAGCCAGAUCCAAAUGAGGGGUGGCUCGCAGUCGGCAGAUUCUUGUACUUUCAAGCGCCUGGUCAAUCAAGUAAACCGCAGAAUCUGCAAGUUCAUCUCCAAAGAUGCCGUACCGCUUCCCAACGGGAACUCGAACUCGCCAUGGGCUGUGGGCAAUGGAGUUGGCCGCAUCUCAGCCGAGGAUCUCCUCUUACUUGCGAUCGUCUCCGUCUCAGAGGGCGUCAUUAUGCCAGUCCUCAAAGUGCGCAGCGAUCGUGAUCUAGGUCUGGCCAAUGCAGUGACUGUUCGUGCUACUGAUACCAUGAGGGAUAUGGACUCGAGCGUCCCAGCAACCCUAGUCCACCCAUCAACGGCCACAAUGUGUGCAUCGCGUUACCCCAAUCGUAUUGACACCCCGGCCCCGCAGCCCUCUCUUUCAUCCAUCCGCGCACAAUCCUCAGGCGACGCUCUCCCUGCUGUGCCCAUCUUCGCCGAGGGAUCUUCAGACGGGUUCGCCGAAGUGCCCCACUCUCUCGAGGUCGAAUGGGCCAACGCAUACAGUCUCUGCAGCGCGCUAUUCGAGGAGUUCAUUGACCGCGCCGCUUACACAGAGCCGCGUGGUACUCCGCGCACACUGUGCCGGGACCUCGAAUGGUAA